CUCUUGAUUGUUUAAGUUUGCCCAAACAAUGCAGUUUCUUUAGUGACCACCUCUCCUUUAAGUAAAGUUGUACACAAAAUGUCUCUUAAUGCACUCACAAAAGGGCCGAGAGAAACCUGGCGCGGGCGCUCGCUCCCGUCCAGGACAGCAAAUUCCACCUUAAAAGCGGCCUCUGGAGUGAAACUUUUCGCUCCAACUCAGUCAGUCCACCUUAAGCGCACACGCAAACGCAGGAGGCGUAGAGCGAGGUUUCCGCUUCUCAGUGGGGCUCGGACCGCGACUCACGAAAAAUCGCCGUGUGUGCCGUUCAAGCUUGACGCACUUAGGUAGAAGGGGAGAAAAAAAGCGAGGAAAAAAAAGAUGUCCGAAUCCAAGUACCGCGAGUGGAUUUUGGAUACUAUCGACUCGCUGCGGUCUCGAAAAGCCCGGCCGGACUUGGAGAGGAUUUGCCGAAUGGUCCGGAGGCGACACGGGUCCGAGCCAGACCGAACCUGCGCGGAACUGGAGAAACUGAUCCAGGAGCAAACCGUGCUCAAAGUUAACUACAAGGGCUCCAUCUCCUACCGGAACGCCGCCAAGGUUCAGCGGCGGAGCAGAAAGAAAGACGAUGUUUCGUUAGCCACGGCUGCGAGACGGAGCGCGAUGGAAGAAGCCAGUCAUUCCGACCUGAGCAAUGGGGAUAGCGCUUUCGGUGCCGUGGACCAGGACGAGGAGGAUUUGGAGGGUGACACCUCUAUGGCUAUGGACACAGACAGCAAUCCUGACGAGGAGGGGGCAGAGGAGAGCCGUGAUGGGCAGGACCGACCUUCUCCCAGCCCCCAUCGUGAAGGAGCCUCGGUGCAGUGUGCCCCCGUACGGGCCGCCUCUGCUCCCUGCUCCCCCUCCGGCUCCCGGCCUGGCUCUGGCCCCAACUGCAGCGCUGGCUCUGCUCUGGACUGUGCCGCGUCCCAGAAGCCAGGCGAGAGGCCCAACUCCUUGCCCCCCUCCAGCCCCGCGGUCCUAACACACAAUGAAUGGGCUUAUGAUUCAGCUGUCAGCCCAGUGGAGCGCCAGCACCCAGGAAUGCAGAAGGACAAAGAGCUGAAGCCAGCGGACCACUCUGGAACGACGAUCCCCAGCGCUCUAACCAACGGAAAGAAAGAAUCAGAAAGCAGGGAGGACAGCAGCAGCCUCUCAUCUGACCAGUUGGUACCCGACUCUGCGGCACGCCCGGAUGAAGUCAGGAAUGUCUCUGAUGGAAGAUUACAAACGGUGUCUCCACCCCCUGAAAACGGUACGCUCCAGAAGCUCGAGGCGCCCUACACAGCGGCUGACGGCGGUCUCAUCAAUGGUGGAACAGGUGAUGAAGUGUGAGUAUCCUGCUGCUACUCUAAAUCUAUAGAUACAUUAUUCAGUCACUCAUGAUAAGCUAACUUCCUACAAAAUCUUUAAUGUUAGUACUUUCCACCUUUUAACAAGUAGGAAAUAUAAAUUCCAGAAUGUACAAAGACUUUUGUGUUGCAGUAUCAUAUCUUCUGGCAUUUCACAGACAAACUUACAUUUCCAAAAAUAAGUUUCUCAAACACUGAACAGGUUUCAGCUAUACCAAAGGUAUUCAUUCUUCCUUGAGGUUUUUUUCCACAUUGUCACAACCAAAACAUCAACGGGUUUUUAUGACGGACCAACAAACAGGAAAGCGUAGCUGUUAAUUGGAAGAGAAAUUAUUUAUGUCUAACGUUUUUCACCAGUAUAAACCAUAAGCGUGGCAUGUAUUCUUAUGCGGCGCCCCGAGUGGAUGCUUUGUAAAACUUCCUUUCCCUGCAAUUACAGCUGCAAGUCUUCUAGGGUGUGUCUACCAGAUUUGCACAUCUAGAGAGAGAAAAUUUGUCUUUCUCUUGUUUGCGAAAUAGCCUGCAGCUCAAUCAGAUUAGAUAGAAAGAAAAUAUCUUCUUCUUCUCUCCCUCCCAUCCCCCCAAGUCUUGCCGCCGAUUCUCUGUUAGAUUUAUGUAUGGACUUUGACUGAGCCAUUCCAGCACAUGACUAUGAUU